ACUGCUACACUGCUCCUUUUCUUUUCCUGACGUCUCAUCUUUUUGGCCUUAGUUUCUGGAGUAAACGUUCCAUAUUAAGGAGAAGAGGAAUGACUUGCUCCCAUGGACCACAGGCUAAAAAGAAGAAAAAAAAAAAGGCUUGUGAAGUCUCAUUACUUUAGGCCGUUUGUGUUACCUUGGCAUAUCCAAUCUCUUCCUGAGGCAAUGGAAGUGGCUCACCCUGCAGUUUGGUUGCCCUUGUCUUGCAAUGCAUCUCCACCUGUGAGACACUUCUUGGCCCCACUGUUCCCUGUAGCUGUUACGUCCUUGUGGCUGCCGCUGUGAUCAGCUUGUAUGCACAAGGGACAGGCUGACUUACUGUGCACAAAAAAGGGGACGAGAGGCUGUCCAGGCGGAUGGGUACAAAUCUUUCCCAUUGCCCUCGGAUGUCAGCCAGUGCCACUCACCACCGCCCAGGGACUUGCCUUGCAUGUUCAACUUGUGCAGAGAGGACUCUGCUCCAAAUGCCUCAGGGCUGCCCCCAUCUCCUGAAAACCUGCCAUGUGACUCCUGUCAGGCAAGGUCACAGGGUUUGGCCACACCUGUGCCACUCACAGCCGUCUUCAUCUGUCAGCAGGAAGGAAAGAGGAGAGAGCAGGAAGAAGGGUAGAAAAGGAGGAAGAGAGAGGGAUAGAGAGAGGCGAGGAGGCUGCAUUUAGCAUUUGGACAGAGUGGCUGACAGUCACCGUGGGAGAGGCUUGCAAUGUCCUCAGCAACUUCCACCAGCUCUUUGCCCAGUGGCCUGGCCGUCCUGACGACUUUCCCAGAUGUGCUCUUCAUUCCUGAAAUCAUCUUUGGAGGCCUUGUCUGGAUCCUGGUGGCAUCCUCAAAGGUCCCAAUACCCAUGCUGCAAGGCUGGGUGAUGUUUGUCUCUGUGUUCUGCUUCGUCAUGUCCACUACCCUCAUGUGCCUCUACUUCUGUGGGGCCCACGGGGGCAGCAGCUCCUGGGUCACCUUGGAUGCCAUCUGCCAGGGGACAGCAUCUCUGUUCUACCUCAGUGCCGCUGUGUUGGAAGCCUACGCGACUUAUGUUGCCGCCUACUUGUUCAGCGCAGAGAUCUAUAGGGAGAACAUUGCUGCUGUGGUAUUUGCAUUCGUAGCUACCCUGGUUUACGUGAUCCACAAGGUGUGCUCGCUCCUGCGAUGGAAAUCAUCCUGAGAGCCUCUCCUUGGAAGUGUGUCCUGUGGUCAUCUCAAGAAUAAGGAUUGCAGUUUCCAGGCUGGCUUUGGGUUUUGGUUUUUUUAAUGUAAAUACUAUAAACAAGUGGCUUUUUACGUGGGAUCUUGGCAAAGAAGACAAGGAGCCUGCCAGAGAAAGGUAUAUCCUGGCACAGUCUGUUUCCCUUCAGUCUCUUCUGGGCUGGGUACAGUCUGAUGCUGAUAAAUGGGGCCCAAAAUAA